AUGAGUUCUCGAAAGCACGUGCACUUCAACCCGAAAGCCCAAUCAUGGACGUCUCCUAAGCCUACCUCCUCUCCAGAAGCCAUUGAUCGUUUUCACAGAAGUCUUCCCAAUUACGAGCCAACCCCUCUCGUCAAGCUUGAAAGCCUCGCCAAAGAGGUUGGCGUAGGCGCAGUCUACGUCAAGGAUGAGACAAGUCGCUUCGGCCUUCCGGCUUUCAAGAUUCUUGGUGCAUCUUGGGGCGCUUUCCGCUCGAUCGCAGAGAAAUUAGAUCUACCGCUCGACUCUAAUAUCGACACUGUUCGGGAUGCCGCCCAGAUGCAUCAAUUGACGUUGUAUGCAGCGACAGAGGGAAAUCACGGCCGCGCUGUCGCGCGCAUGGCUGCGAUACUUGAUGUGGCGGCUGAGAUCCAUGUGCCAGCGUCUAUGCAUCCAUCCACGAUCAAGCUGAUUGAGUCUGAAGGUGCGGAGGUUGUUGUCUCAAAGGGUAGAUAUGAGGAUGCUAUGCAUGAAGCCGAGACCGCCUCCAAACAUAACAGAGGGAUCAUGGUCCAAGACACAGCUUUCGGCGACUAUCAAUCUGUCCCCCAGGUUAGUCACUCCUUGCCUACAGAAAUUGUUCGUCAGCUAACAGCAUCAAAGUGGAUUGUUGACGGCUACGGGACCAUGAUGCGGGAGGUCGACGACCAAUUAAACCCAACUAAUGCCGACCUCGUCAUCGCACCCGUCGGAGUUGGCUCGUUUGCACAGUCCGUUGUCUCUCACUUCAAGAGGACUGGUGCUUCUACUUCCAUAAUGACCGUUGAACCCGACACAGCAGCGUGUCUAUGGAAGAGUCUCGAGACCGGCGAGCUCACUGAGAUCUCGACAACCGGUACCAUAAUGGCUGGUCUCAAUUGUGGUUGCCCCUCAACGAUCGCGUGGGAGCUCUUGAAAAACGGUGUCGAUGCAAGUUUGACGGUGUCAGACUAUGAAUCGCACGAGGCUGUGCAAUACCUUCAAUCGCACGGUAUAAACGCUGGACCAUGCGGUGGUGCAACGUUGGCUGCACUGAGACGGCUGACAGCAUCAGACAAAAACAGGCUGGGCUUGCAUGGCCACUCCACCGUCGUACUUUUCUGCACGGAGCGAAACAGAGAUUAUGAAGUUCCAAGAUCGUCUCCAAUGGCGACUUAG